CAACAUAAAGCGCCACUAACUGCGUUUAUCAUCGACAUGAAGUCCGUUAAAGUCAGUAAAAGUGUCUCAGCGGCUCAACUCGGCUGGAAAACUGCGACAGAAUGUGCCAACCUGUGUGGGAUCUGUCCUUCCUGCGUCUUUGCUCCAAAAGCGUCCGGUUCCAGCCAGAGUUUGUGGAGAGUGUCGGAUGAAUUCAAGAGGAGCUUCCUGGUGAAGCUGCUUCUACGCUGCAGAAACGUCCAGGUGCUGGAGAGCGUCCAGAGCGCUCUGUGCUUCACAUCGUGGACGUUGUUCACUUACGGCAGAUCCAGAAUUUCAGCUCCUCCUCAGGAUCACUUCUCCUCCUGUUCACACCGAGAGCUGGACGGAAAACCAGCGGACAUGAAUGAAAUCUGGAAGUGGUUCAGCGGCAGCCCGGACUGGAUCAAGUCCAGCUACCUGUGCCGGAUCUUUUCUCGGUGUGACGCAGAACUUUUACGCAUGAUCUCCAACCUGAGCAGCGUUCUUCUGGUCAGACACAGGCGAGGGUUUCUGCAGUUUAACGGAAGUGGGAACAUCUCCAGUCAGCAUGACGUGGAUUCAGAGGAUCCUGCUCUCAUGGUGGUUCCUGGAUCCUCAAAGUCAGUGUCUGGAGUCGGUCUGUACCGAGACUUCAUCGGCUGCCUACCUGUCCACCUGUCCAAGAGGAUAUUAGGCCUGUUGGAGGAGGACACUCUGAAAUGCUGCAGGAGGGUUUGUCGGUACUGGCAGCAUCUCGCCCAGCAAACCAUGGAGGAAGUCAAGUUCAGAAAGAAUAUUCAGAAUCAGAUUCUGUCCAUGAUGAAGAUGUGCAAUAAUGUAGUCAGUCGUACUUAUGCCAACAUAGUUGAGGUUCUGGUACCCGUGAAGGACGAUGAUCCAGAAGAUUUUCAUUCUACUACUGAGCAAAAGGAGAAGCCGUUUGAAGCCGUUUAUGCCAAAAUCAAAACCAAAACACUGCAAAUGGAGGAGAGAAAUGUUUACUGUGGUGCAUAUUUUACCAAAGUCCUGCUGAGCAAAGAAGACCCUCACCGGGUGCUGGACUUCAGAGGAGGAUCGCUGAUGGCCACCGGCUCUCAGGACCGUCUGGUGAAUCUGCUUUAUGUGGCUUCAGAAACAAGGACGGUGGCGACGAUGAGAGGACACGUUGGCAGCAUUCAGGUGGUGCUGCUCUGCGAGGACAGAGAUCUGGUGAUAACCGGGAGCCGCGAUGCGAGUAUCAGGUGCUGGAACCUGAAGACAGACAAGUGUGAGAUGGCUUUUUAUGGUCACACCGACACCAUCAGCUGCCUGGACCUCCACGCUGGUAGACUCGUAUCAGGAGCCAAAGAUUAUUUAGUGAAAGUGUGGUGUCUGGACACGGGGAAGCAAUUUGAGGAUUUUAAUUUCAAACACGUCAGCCCUGUCCAGUGCGUAAAGAUCAGCAAGACAACCGUCUACAGCAGCUGUGUUCGGGGCCUGGUCAAGCUGUGGAGCAUGGAAAAUGCGUCACUGCACAGGGUGAUUACUGCCCACAGAAGUCCAGUAAGAUGCCUGUUCUUCGACGAAUGGCACCUCCUAUCCGGCGACUCGUCUGGAAAGGUCAUGGCAUGGAGCACCAACUGUGAUGUGAAGGACUUAUGUCUCAUGACAUUCAACCACCCAAAGGAGGUAAGAUCUCUGACUCUGGUUUACCUCCGUGUUGUCACCGGCUGCGUGGACGGAAAAAUUCGCAUUUUUAAUUUCCUCACUGGAGACUGUUUGAGAGAAAUCACUGCAGAGACUGAAACAGGUCGAAUACUAUCCCUGCACUUCAAUGACAACAGUAUUUUAGUCAACUCGGCAACCAGUGUGAAGCUCUACCAGUUUGCCAAAGUGUUCUGGGAUUACGCAGAUUCAGCUCCAGGAGAUCGGGGCGACGUGGCGACUCGGAACAGUUUGGUUUCUGAGAAAUCUCCGGCUUUGAUCAGAAGGUUUCCUUUUACCUCUGGUGGCACAGCACAGGUGUCUUCACCCAACCACAACAUUCACAGCUGUAAAAGCAGGAAACCAGGAAGAACUGAGCUGCUGUACCAGAGCUGUUUGUCUACCAAAUGUCAGACACAAUCCAGAGUUCCCUGUGAGGCCGUUAAACCAUCAGCGAGGCUGAGCGAGAAGGCAGCAAGUGAACGGAUGAUGAAGAGGGGUCCUCAUCAUCCUCUGACUCGUGACUACAUCCUCCUCAAGGUUAACGCCUUGCAGAAGGCGCAGUGCAUGGAUGAAGUCAGCAUCAACAUGGAGAGAAACGCCAGACUGCGAGAUUCAUGGGGUCCUCAAACAACCCAGGAUCCCCUAAAGGAGCGUCUGCCACAGCACAGGGAUGAUGUUCUCCACAGGAAGGUCAAGACCUGCAUCCCAACUAUGAAGCAAACUAUCAGCCAAAACAUGACAGGCAGAAAUGUUUCCACUGCCCCCGCCACCACGAGGAAACACCAGCCACCCAUCCAGCCACACAGCGUCAACACACACAGGCCAAUCAAAACAGUGGAUGGACUCAUUAGAAGUGCCACAGUGGCGCCGCAGACUCCUGAUUGCAUGAGAUCACGAUCUAAUCCAAAAACUGGUAGCAGCCUGCCCUGGAUUAACCCGUUUAAUGAGCGGGGAGGGUUGAGGGUCGAAGACUCGGUCCAAACCAAGAGGGAAGUCCUGUAGAGAUCUGAGCAAAAACUGUCCAAGAGAGAGAAGAUGACACUGAGAGGAAGGUCAACUGUGUUUUAACAGAUGAUUUAUUACUAGUAUGUUACGAUACAAUGCCAAUAAUAAAGACUACCAU